AUGGAGGACGCAGAGGAUGACGUAGCUGUUAUUGGGAUUGGAUGCAAUUUUCCUGGAGGUGAGGGGUUGGAGAAUUUCUGGAAGGUUCUCCUGGAGGGGAAGAACUGUGUGGUAAACAUCCCAGCUGAGAGGUUUGACACCACUUUUUGGUAUGAUGCCGAUGAUAGCAAACCUGGAAAGACACAAACAACCAAAGCAGCUCUAAUAGAAGGCUUUAAUGAGUUUGAUUCCAAGUUUUUUGGGAUUACUGAAGUGGAGGCUGACUCUAUGGACCCUCAGCAGAAACUCCUUCUGCAGUGCACAUACAGGGCGUUAGAAGAUGCAGGAAUUGCUAUGGAAAGCAUCAGUGGAAGCAGAACUGGCGUCUACAUAGGUCUUAUGAACAGGGAUUACGAGAUGCUCAGUAACAACAACCCGAACACGAUAACCCACUACAACGGCACUGGGACGGCCAUGAGUGUUGCCGCCAACAGAAUUUCCUUCACUUUCAAUCUCACCGGCCCUUCUUUCACCAUUGACAGUGCUUGUUCCUCAUCUUUGGUGGCUCUACAUGUAGCCUGCCAGGCUAUAAAACAAGGAGACUGUGAGAUGGCACUAUGUGGUGGCGUCAACUGUAUAAUAGAGCCGAGGAUGUUUGUUGCUCUCAGCAAGGCCAAGAUGAUUUCACCUGAAGGAUCCAGCAAACCUUUUUCCAGCAGAGCAGAUGGCUAUGGCAGAGGAGAAGGCUGUGGUGUGGUGCUCCUGAAACCUCUGAAAAACGCCCUAAAGGACAGCAACAAAAUAUGGGGUAUCAUCAGCAAAACUGCAGUCAACCAAGAUGGACACUCUGUCUCUCCAAUCACCAAUCCCUCCAAGGUUCAACAAGAAGAGCUGCUGCGAAGAAUCUACUCAGAAUCUUACAUUUCAAAUGUCCAGUACAUAGAGGCUCAUGGGACUGGAACUCCAGUUGGAGACCCAGCAGAGGCAGGAAGCAUCUCCAACGUCAUUGCUAAAGCCAGAACUCCGGGCUCAGAGACUCUCUGGAUUGGUUCUGUGAAAGGUAACAUCGGACACACAGAAUCUGCAGCUGGAGUCGCUGGGCUCAUUAAGGUUCUACUUAUGAUGAAGCAUGAGACUAUUGUUCCCUCACUGUUCUACUCUGAAGACAAUGCCAGUGUAGACUUAAAAGCACUGAAUCUAAAUAUUCCGCCUAAAGCUGAGAGAUGGGAGACAAACGGGUCUCUAGGAAGGGUAGCUGGGAUCAACAGCUUUGGGUUUGGGGGCACGAAUGCACAUGUGAUUUUAAGAGAGUAUAAUCACACUACAGUUUCCACACAGAAACACAAAGGUUGUCCAAAAGUCUUUGUUCUAUCUGCAGCUUCUGAGAAAUCACUGAUCAGGACCAUCACUGACACUCACCAAAGACUCUGCAGCAAUCAAACAGUUGACCUCCAGGCACUUUCAUACACCUCAGCAUGUGGACGGAGUCAUUACAAACACAAAUAUAGGACAGCCCUCCUGACAUCCUCCAUCUCAGAUUUAGAGCACCAGCUGACAUCUACACUGAGAACAAAGAUUGAAUCAAUACGGUCAGACAACCAGGUGGUCUUUGUGUUUUGUGGAAACGGGGUUGCCUACAGAGGGAUGUGCAAACAGCUCAUGAGAGAGGUUCCUGUUUUUAGAGAUAAGGUCAAAGAAGUAGAGGAUCUCUUCCACACUUAUAAAACCAUCAACAUCAGCAAAUGGCUCAGUGGUGAGUAUGAUAAUGAUGAUUUUAGCUCGUCAGCUGUCAUCCAACCUCUUCUAUUUGCCAUCCAGAUCGGCAUUGCCACUCUGCUGAAGCACUGGGGUGUAAAACCUGAUGCCAUGCUCGGUCACUCUGUUGGCGAGGUUGCUGCUGCUCACUGCUCAGGCCUCUUGUCUCUUGAGGAUGCCGUGAAAGUGUUAUAUCAUCGUAGUUCUCUCCAGAGCAAAGUCACAGGAGGGAAAAUGCUUGUGGUCAGCAAUGUGGCUGUGGAUGAGGUGGUAAAAAUUCUUCCAGAUUUCUUUGGCAAAAUUUGCAUAGCUGCUUUCAACAGCCCUCAGUCCUGCACUCUGUCAGGAGAUGCCGAUGCCAUCGACAUCCUCCAGGAGAGGUUGAAGAUCAUGUUCACAGGUAGAAAUGUCUUCCUCCAUGUCUUGGAUGUCCCAGCAGCAUACCACAGCCACAUGAUGGAUCCAGUACUAGAUGACAUUAAGAGAAGCAUAAACCUUUUCGAUGCCAACAACAUGGAGUGUAACCUUUAUUCUACAGUGACCGGAGAAAGAUGUUCAGAUGGUGAUUUCUGCACUGGCACAUACUGGGCAAAGAACAUCCGAGAGCCAGUUUUAUUUGAAAAAGCGCUUUAUGCUGUCGUCAAAGACAAACAGUCCAAGAGUAAUGGGGUCUUUGUGGAAAUUGGACCGCGUAGAGCUCUCCAAAGGAACAUAUUUGAGACUCUAGGAAAUGAUAAUACAGUUCUUUCCUCUGUCCACCCAGAGAUGGAUUGCAACACCAUCCUCUUAACAGUGGCAAAAUUGUUUGAACUUGGCAUUAAUGUAGACUGGCAUCAAGUCUACAAAUGCUACAAGACUUUGCCCACAGUUCUUCCGGUCUAUCAGUUUAACAACACAAAGAAAGAGCUGAAUUUCGAAGCUUUGAGAAAAGGUGAUGAAACCUCUGUUUUUUCUCGUCAUGCACUCAUAUCCCAAAUAAAGCAGGAUAGUAAAGAGUUCAUGUGCAACCUCUCAGUAGAGACUGCACCGUAUCUUUGGGAGCACAAAAGCAACAGCGUUCCCAUUGUGCCAGGUACGUUUUAUGUGGAAUUAGCUUACGCUGCAGUGAUGGCAAGCCUGAGGCCAAAGCAACCUGUUUCUCUGCUCCAUCUCAGUGUUAGAUUUGAGAACGUGUUGACACUCGGCUCAUGCCAUCAACAGCUGAAGGUGACAUUGGAACAUGCAGAGAAGAUAUUUAAGAUACAGUCUUCUGCUGCAACACAUGCCUCUGGGACGUACAGGUGUACAGAUAGCCAGCCUUUGUUGGAUGAAUCAAGCAUUUGUCUUGAUGUGAUCUCCCAAAGGUGCAAACUGGUUUUGAAAAGGAAGGAGGUUUAUUCAACUCUUUCUCAAGCAGGAUUCGAGUAUGGUCCUGUUUUCAGACAGCUAAAUGAUGUGCAUUUUGGGAAUGAAUUCAAGGAAGCUCUGACAACAAUACAAGUCCCUAGUGAAGUUUUGAAACAUCUUCAUGACUAUUUCAUUCACCCUGUCCUGCUGGACUAUUUUCUGCAGAUGACAGCUGUGGUUGCAAUGGGACAACUAACAGGCAAGCAAGGAUUCCCUUCAGGUAUUGCAAGUAUAGCUAUAUCAGGACCACUGCAGGAGGAGAUGGUCUUGUACUUACAGACAACUCAAGAGACUUCAGACUUUCUUGAUGUAUGCGGUUGCUUUUCCACCACAGAGGGGAAUGUGUUGGUGGAACUUAAAGGGGUGAGGAUUUCAUUUUUGGGCAGAUGCUCAAAUGCUCCUCAGUCGCUGUUCUUCCACAAUGAAACUGUUGCAAUCUCUAAUGAGACAAACUUGGAAAAUUGCAAAAUCAAAGCAAUUGUUUUUGAGGAUAAACUCUGUAUUGCUAAAAGGCUUCGGCCAUAUAUGUGUCCAGAGUCAGUCAUUGUGGAGAGCAAAGAGCAAGUUCGAUGCUUAGUGUUCUCAUUGCUUAACACCACUGCAGAUUUGGACAAUGUACUCUUUCUUUGGGGUGUUGAGGACAUCAGUCACUUGUCAUCCAAGAAGAUGCUGGACUCCUUGGUGACUUGCUGUGAGAUAUUUCAGCAGAUUGUUUUGGCCGUGAAAGACAGCAAACGUUCCUGCACUAUCCGCAUCAUAACUUACAGAUCAACAGAAAUGACUGCGGAUCAUGUCAGUCCCGGUUUUGGGCUUUCUGGUAUGACGAGGGCUUGUGCAGCAGAGAUGGCGGGUCUUUCGUUCCAGCUGAUUGACCUUGCUUCUGUGACUAAUGAAGACAUUCAAAUGCUGGCUUGUGUAAUUACCACCAGCAAACAACAAGAGGUCAGGAUCAGUAAAGGGCAGGCUGCAGCAACAAGAAUAUUACGGACCCCAAUGAAGGAAAAUGCUUUAAGUGAAGGUGAUCUGCAUUCUGUUUGUCCGAGAGACUUUGUCCUACAGACAGCUGAUCCAUACAGAAUGGUAAACCUGUCAGCCCUCCCUGCUAACAUUAAUCAAAAUCCUGUCCAGGAGAAGUCAGUUGUAAUUCAGCUAACCAAUGUAUGUGUGCAUUCAUCAGAUUACUUCCCUGUCAGCACAUCGCAUUUGAAUUUCGGCAAGACGAUGUACUGGAACAAGCAUGCUUCACACAAUCACAAUCUACUAGCUAUAGAUUUUAGUGGCAUUGUCACAGCUAUAGGGAAAGAUGUUGCUAAUCUAAGCGUGGGAGAUCAUAUAGUUUCAUGCUAUCCAGUUCCUGCCUCCGCAAAGAUUGUAAUUCCUGAAGCAGUGUGUUACAACACAAAGAGACUUCCAUUUCUGAGGGAUAAUCCUUGCAUGUCUUUUUUCAUACUGGCAUGGGAGAUCCUGCAGAGAAUGCUGUCUAAAGUGAAACAACGGCACAGAAAGUUGGCUAUUAUCUCCUCCAACUCUGCUUCUGCUCUGAUGAAGGUUUUGGCUCUUACAGCAACCAGGUCAGGCUGGAAUGUUUCCUCUUGGUCACAUUUCAAGGGGGAAACUUCACAUUUUGAUGCAAUUGUCUUACUGCCACCAUAUGAUAGCUCUUGGCAGGGGACUUAUGACAGCAGCGGCCGUGAGAAACACAUUAUUUUUGUGUGUAGCAGUGACAUGUCACCUUUAGUCACAGCUAGCAUGUUUGCAAUAAAGAGUCAACAGUUUCAUGUACAUAAGCUUGAUGUGGUUGAUGUUCUGCAGAGAGCUCAUCUACAUGCACAGAACAGGAACAUCUUCAGCUGGCUAGUGUCGUUAGGCUUUGAGACAGAAUCAUUACCUCUAAGAAGGGAGCUUUAUCAGCCAAAAGAGUCUCAGUCUGAUACAGAGUCAUAUUUCACCACAAAAACAGUGCGACAAGUUGUUUUAGACCUUGGAGAAUUUGAUCAGCCAGUAUCUGAUGUUCCUUUGCUUGCAAGACCUCCACAACUCUUUAAACGUGGCUGUGUCUAUAUUGUAACUGGAGGGCUCUCUGGUUUGGGGCUUGAGACGGUUAAAUUCAUUGCUGAUAAUGGUGGAGGUUGUAUUGCAACACUGUCAAGACAUAUUCUGUCUGAUAAAAUGCAAUUUGAAAUGGAUCUCCUCCAGAAAAGACACGAAGUCGCUAUCAUAAAUAUCCAGUGUGACGUUUCUGUGUCGAUGCAGGUGGUGGAUGCAAUCUCAAAAAUUGGGCAAAGAUUCCCUUCUUGCCCCAUCAAAGGAGUGUUUCACAGCGCUGCAGUGUUGCAUGAUGCACUGAUUGAAUCCCUUGAUCAGUCACUCUUCAGAAAAGUGCUGCAACCCAAAGUCAGCGGUGCUCUAAAUCUACACUAUGCAACACUUCACAACAAACUUGACUUCUUUGUGUGCUAUUCUUCCAUUUCAUCAGUCGUAGGCAAUGCCUCGCAGUGUAACUACGCAGCAGCCAAUUCCUUCCUCGACACGUUCUGUCAUUAUCGGAGAAACCUCGGUCUUGCAGGACAGUCCAUCAACUGGGGUCCUCUGAACCUUGGUCUGCUGCUGAACAAAGACCACUUCCAGAAGUUCUUGGAGGCAAAAGGCAUGAUGACAAUGGAUGUGUGUGAAGUUCAUGACACACUCAAAAAAUGUCUUCUGAUGAACAGACCCCAACAAGUAAUAUGUAAAUUCAAUUUCAAAAACCUACAGAUUCAUGUUCUUUCACAAAAUGCAUCUCUCAGAGAGCGACUGUCAGCUUUAGUGGAAAUGGAGCUGAAAGAUGAAACACACAAUGAAUCAAAAGUUCAGCAUUUGUCUUCCACGCAUGGAAGUGUGAGGGAACUUGUCAGUGAUAUAACCAAUGUAAGUGUAGACGAACUAGACGAUGACUCCUCUCUGGUUGCAUUGGGGAUAGACUCAAUGUUAGCUAUGACUCUGCAGAACAAGAUUUUCCAGGAAACAGGCGUAAAUGUACCUCUGGUUAUUAUACUGGACCCCAACAGUACACUCGCCAGUUUGGUUGGUGUUGUACUAAACAGUGAAUAA